GAGGCUUGAGGGAGUCCUGGGAGCGGAGGCUGCGCUACCGUGGGGCGGGAUGAAGUGCGGCAGCGCUUAGCUGCGCCGAGCGCGCCUUGGGAGUGGUAGGGGCCGCGGAGCUGGGAGGAGGGGGGCGAUGGCCGGCUUGAAGGGUGCAAGUAGGAAUUAGCGGGUCUCGGGCCCGACGGGAAAUUUGGGGGGUGUCUCACGGCCUGUCGGGUGAGGGGAUGAAGUGGAAGCUUGUGGAGUGAAUCGGCCGAAAGGGAAGACUCGCGGAGGGGGCGGUAACGAGAGAGCCAUGGAGGGGGCUGGGGCCGACCUCAGGGAGCCCGUAGCGCGGAUAGUUCCCGCAGCCGGGAGCCUUCCGGAGAGCCGGCCCGCGCGGAGGAUUCUUCAGCCACUAUGUCAACCAGCACAGAUGUUUCUCUUUCUUCGUAUGAUGAAGAUCAGGGAUCUAAACUUAUCCGAAAAGCUAAAGAGGCACCGUUUGUUCCCAUUGGAAUGGCCGGUUUUGCAGCAAUUGUUGCAUAUGGAUUAUAUAAAUUGAAGAGCAGGGGAAAUACUAAAAUGUCUGUUCACUUGAUCCACAUGCGUGUGGCAGCCCAAGGCUUUGUUGUGGGAGCAAUGACUCUUGGUAUGGGGUAUUCCAUGUAUAAGGAAUUCUGGGCAAAGCCUAAACCUUAGAAGAAGAGAACCUGUCUCUGUUUUGUUGGUGGUGUUUGCUUUAGUUAGGAAUUUCAUAUUGAGUUUAUAUGUUUAUGUUGAAAAUAAAUCAUUUGAAUGGGUCAGAUAAUAUGGUAGUUUAAGUAUUGGCUUCCUUUCUUGCAGGCUUGAUUUGCCUGGUUACCAGAUUACUAGUGACCAGUCAACUAGCUAGGUCAUUCAGGGGAGUCACAUUAGCACAAAAGAAGAAACAUGUCACUUUUAAAUGGACUGGACAGUGGUAAAAUAUGCUCCUCCUUAAACUCUUAUGAUAAAAUCAGUUAGAAAGAGGACAGUGUGCCAGUCCUGAAGUACUCCUAGUUGUGAUUUGAUUCUAGUAUCAAAACAUGGUUUUGAUGUUAUGUAGGAAUCCCAUUUAACUUUUUUCUGUCUAUUUUGCAGAUUGAUUGGGUACUUCAGUUUUUAGGACUGGUUGGCUCUUAAUCCUUUCAGAACAGUGCAUGGAAUAUAGUAAGCUUCCCAACAACCUAAAAUACGUUUAUUUAAACUAAACCUAAAAAGCUGAUAAGGAGCUGUUUAGUAGUAAUAUUUAUUUCAGAAUCAUAGUUGUAAACAUGAGAAUAACCUAACUGUGGAUCCCAGUUUAGCUUUUUUUGUAACUGCAGAGUUAUAUUUAUGCUGCUGUUGUAUUAGAAUAAUUUUUAAAUGUUGAAAUGUGUAUUUUAAGUACUAAUGCAAAGGUUAAGUGAAAAACACUUUUUUAAAUGUAUGAAGCUUAUUUAUUUUCUCUGUAAGAAUCAUAAAUGUUAACAAAUUACCUACA